CGCUGACGCUGAUGCAACACACUGACAGGUCCGUACUCACCCACGUCUCAUUGUAAGAAGCCGGGUUUUUAAGACUCUGCACCAUGACAGACCAGCUGAGUCCGGAUGAGAAGUUUCACCUCAUAACUAGGAACCUCCAGGAGGUCCUCGGAGAGGAGAAGCUGAAGCAGGUUCUUCAGGAGAGGGAGCUGAAGGUGUACUGGGGCACAGCGACCACCGGAAAACCCCACGUCGCUUACUUUGUCCCCAUGUGCAAGAUAGCAGACUUCCUCAAGGCCGGAUGUGAGGUCACGAUUCUCUUCGCAGACUUGCAUGCCUUCCUAGACAACAUGAAGGCCCCCUGGGAGCUGCUGGAGCUCAGGGUGAAGUACUACGAACAGGUCAUCAAGGCCAUGCUGGAGAGCAUCAGUGUGCCACUGGAUAAGCUCAAGUUCGUCAAAGGAACUGACUUCCAGCUCAGCAGAGAGUACACUCUGGAUGUGUACCGUCUGUCCUCCAUGGUGACGGAGCAUGACGCUAAGAAGGCCGGAGCUGAGGUGGUCAAACAGGUGGAGCAUCCCAUGCUGAGCGGUCUGCUCUACCCGGGUCUGCAGGCUCUGGAUGAGGAGUACCUGAAGGUGGACGCCCAGUUUGGAGGAGUUGACCAGAGGAAGAUUUUCACUCUGGCAGAGAAGUACUUGCCUUCUCUUGGCUACGCUAAGCGCUCCCAUCUGAUGAACCCGAUGGUGCCCGGACUGACGGGGGCCAAGAUGAGCUCCUCAGAGGAAGAGUCAAAGAUCGAUCUGCUGGACUCUGCUGGAGACGUGAAGAAGAAGCUGAAGAAGGCUUUCUGUGAGCCCGGCAACAUCCAGAACAACGGAGUCCUCUCCUUCGUCAAAUACGUCAUCUUCCCACUACGCGGAGAGUUCCGCAUCAAAAGAGACCCAAAGUUUGGUGGAGACAAAAUCUACACCGUGUUUGAAGAGGUGGAGAAGGACUUUGCUGAGGAGUCGGUCCAUCCGGGAGACCUGAAGGCCUCGGUGGAGGUGGCACUAAACCAACUGCUGGAGCCAAUCAGAAAGAAGUUUGAGUCGCCCGAGCUCCGCAAACUCACCAACACCGCCUACCCCGACCCCUCAAAGACGAAAGGAGCAGGAAAGGGUGCCAAGGCAGCAGGAGGAGGAGGAGGAGGAGAGGAUGAGGAGCUGGCCCCCUCCAGAGUGGACAUCAGGGUGGGCAAGAUCAUCAGUGUGGAGAAGCAUCCAGACGCUGACUCGCUGUACCUGGAGAAGAUUGACGUGGGAGAGCCGGAGCCGAGAACGGUGGUCAGCGGUCUUGUGGCUUAUGUUUCCCAGGAGGACCUGCAGGACCGAUUGGUGCUGGUGUUGUGCAACCUGAAACCCCAGAAGAUGCGAGGGAUCGAGUCUCAAGCCAUGCUGCUGUGUGCCUCUGUUGAAGGGGAGCCCAGGAGGGUGGAGCCUCUGGACCCCCCAGAGGGGUCGUCGCCAGGAGAACGGGUGUUUGUCGAGGGUUACGAGACGGCCAAACCAGACGACAGACUCAACCCAAAGAAGAAGGUGUGGGAGAAAGUACAGGCCGACCUGAAGAUAUCAGACGCGUGUGUGGCUCAGUGGAAAGACAAGCAGCUGAUGACUCAACUCGGACAGAUCACAUGUAAGACACUCAAAGGAGGCAACAUCAGCUAGACGCAGCACAUUUCACCACUCAAGCUGCUCCCGCCGGCCGCGUCGCAACUACAAUACUUUUAUCAGCUUAACAGUCACACUUCACCUGGAGGUCUCUCCUGGAGGAUUGUGGGACGUCGACGGCAAAAGUCUGAUGCUUCGGACAGGAUGUGACAAAUUCUGUUACCUUGCUUUGACUAUAUUAGAACAUUUAAUUCCUGAAAGUGUACAAUGCUAUGAUCCAUUACGGUUUCUUUUUUUACCUGGUUUUGUAUGUUGUUCACACACUUAAAUAUACAAAUUCCAGAGUUUCUGCUGAUGAGACAUUCUGUUACACAUGAUAAUGAAGGGUUGGGGUUACUUAAUCAAAUGCCGGUACUGAUAAGGAAUCUCAGGUGUUUAAAAAGGGACUUAAAGUACUUUUCUGGGUUGGAAUUGCCUUCGUUGUAAACAUCAGAUCUUUGGCCAAUCCACAAAAACCUGAUGAAUAUAAAAUGUUCUAAGGGCUUCAGACAUCAGUUCUAUAUUUAGAAAAUCAAUAUACUAUAAGACAUAGGAUGGUUGUGUUGGGGGAAGUGUACAGAAAUCAACAUCUGGACAUUGACUGUCAUAUAAUCAAAUGGUGCAUCAGCUCUAUUCUGAAAUAAACGCUGGCUGAAA